AGACUAACAAACACGAGUGUGUGUGUGUGUGUGUAACUGACGCGCUCCUCCUGCUGCUGCUAUUGCUACUACGAGCCUGACUCUGGGGGAAAAGGGUUGGAAACUUGCCGCCGUUUACUCCCCAACCUGCUGCCCAGUGUCUGCCAGGAUGUGCCGGACACUGUCUGCAUUCCCCAGCACCUGUCUGGAAAGAGCCAAAGAGUUCAAGACCCGUCUUGGAAUCUUCCUUCAUAAAUCGGAAGUAGGGAGUGAGAGUGGCACUGUCAGCAAGUUUGAGUGGGGCAGCAAACAUAGCAAAGAGAAAUUUGUUCCAGAAGAUGUGUUAGGAUGGAAGGAAUCCUUUGACCAUUUACUGAGUAGCAAAAGUGGGAUAGCUGCAUUCCGGGCCUUCCUAAAGACUGAGUUCAGUGAAGAGAAUUUGGAAUUUUGGCUGGCCUGUGAGGAGUUCAAGAAAAUCCAUUCAGCUACCAAGUUGGCUUCCAGGGCCCAGAGAAUCUUUGAAGAAUUCAUCUGCAGUGAAGCUCCCAAAGAGGUGAAUAUUGACCAUGAAACAAGAGAGCUCACCCAGAAGAACCUGCAGGCAGUCACAGCUACGUGCUUUGAUGAAGCUCAAGAGAAGACGCGCACUCUGAUGGAGAAGGACUCCUAUCCUCGCUUCCUGAGAUCAGCGGCAUACAGAGACCUGGCAGAAAAGGCCUGUGCGGCCUCUACCUCCCAGCCUGGCUGCCAUGCUGGAGAGUGCUCACACACCUGAGCAGCCUGGCUGCAGCCGCACCUCUGGAUGGGGCAGCUCUUUGGGGGAGGCAGGAGCUGCAAAGGCAGUUGGGAAGGACAGAGAGAAGAAAAGCAGCAGGACCCCCAUGUUCUGGACUCCAAUUCUCCUGAAAAGUUUCAGACUAAGCUGCUAACAAAGGGAAUCUUUCCCUCCCCCUCCUCCCCCCACUGAGGGAGGGAGCCAAAAGGAACAAAGGAGGCAUCUGGUCAAUAGAUCCCACUGGCUCCUUUCAUCCCCACCAGGACUAACGAGCACUCCUGAGCAGAUCUGUCUUGGGAGAAAUGAGUAUAAAUGGAAACCUGGAAAUGGGAACACAUAAAGGGCAGAAGGACAAGAUGGGUGGUUUGCUUAUUAGUUAAUUCACUCAAACUCUGGGCAAGGAAGGGACCUCUGUUAAUAUGCUAAGGAAGGGAUUGCCUCAUUCUGCCCAUCACCUACCAUCUACAGUCUGAGCCUGCCCAAGAGCCCUGCCUGCAGAGCUGGGUUUAUAUCCUCCCUACCUGCAGCUGAGGGUCAACAGGUAGGGAGCUGGGUGUGCCUGAAGUUGACCCAGAUGAAGUUUUGGACCUCACUGAAAACAUCCCUGAGUCACUUAUUGAGCCCUACUUAGGAAACCAUUUUGUUCUUGGGAAAGCAAUGUCUUGGGCCCUCUCCUGACCUUUGCCAAGCAAACAGAGUUGGCAGAAGCACUGGAACAAACUGAUAGGUCUCCUGAUUCUUUCUAUCACAUCCUUACAUAAUAUGACAGAAGGGAAAAGUGACUGCCUGGCUUUUGGGUCUGGUUUUCAGCCUAGGGAUGGGAAUUACAAUCACUGGGGACAGUUUAGACUGAUGGAACUUGAACCAGAAUUACCUUAGGUCAAUGAGUUGAGGCUUUUUAUGGAGUCUAGUAAAGGGCCUGACUCAAAGGAUAGGGACAAGGCUCAGGGUGGGACAGGGCCAGGGGUCAGGAGGCAGGACCUCUAGGAGAACCAACAUCUGCCUGUUUCAUUCUGGCAUUUCUGAACAAAUGCAUUCCUCUCUGAGGCUGCCACUCAAUUACCCUGACUGGAGAAGGGAGCGAUCUAGUCAGCCAGGUAGAGACGGCCACAGCACUUCUGACCCAGGAGACAACCUUGGGUGCUCCUCCAGGGAAAAGCAUUUCAGUGUAAGAGGACAUUGAUUCAGCAUAUUAUUAUUCUUAUUAUUGUUAUUGUUAUGUUAUUUAUUAUUUGUAAUUUUCAAAUCCCCUUGUCUGGAGGAUCUUUGAAAACUAGCAGCCAGAUUUUCCCCCUCUACACCCAAGUCUACCUCUGAGGCUGUCGGGAGCCCCUCUGGAGGGUCAGGGGCUCCUCACAGCUUCCACAUGUGUUUAUUUAUUUAUUCUGACAUUUGGGGCUGGUUUCCUAGAUGUGAAUGAAGCCCAUGAUCCUCCUCUCCUGUUUGACAACAUGUUGCAUUCUGGUGAAAUAAAGUGAAAGCUCCAAAUGGUGA